AUGAAUGGAGUCCCUCGUCCAAUCUAUCGCACUAAUAUCUGGGGAAGCGGAGAUAUUUGUUUGUUUAAAGUUGAACAUCAUGGAUGGCCUCAAUGCGAAGUUGUCUUUGCGAGAAUUCAGCCGAACUCCUUUUUACACUGCAACUGGCAGCUGCCCACACCUUGGGAAGUGGGGUAUUGGGGUCUGUCCGUCAUUACCGUUACACCUCGUGAGGGGAAAUACCUGUCUGUCGUGAGGGGUAGAAAUGGGGAACCAUCUGAACCCUGCGCCGGCCAACUCCGUGCAGACUGGGGAUGGUCUGUGCAUAUUCAACAACCGGCAUGCUCCUGGAAUAUGCAAGUAACGGGUUGUUAUGCUCUCAUGCCAAGCUUGGCAGAGAUGCUGCCGAAGUCAGGAGCUCGCUUCGUGUCACUCCAUCACACAACUCUUCCAAAUCCACUCCCCAAAAGUGAGAAAAAAAUUCAGCAUUCUUCCCAGAGACACACAACAGCCUCCUUCUCUGGGGUUUUUCCUCCGCCAUGUUCUCUCUUAAACGGAGGUCAAAUCCAUGUUCAACCAUCCUAUCUCCGCGGGACACGGCAGUCGGCACGCGGCUCUGCAACUCUUGUGCUACUGCCUCUCGAGUCCAUCCCUCUCAUGCCCUCACGCGUAUCUCGGGACCGUCUCCUCGAGGUUGUAUCCUCUCUGCCGUUUGUUUCUCUCAACAAACAACAACUCUAUUUACUCACGGUGGUACCUAACCGGAACAUGACUGACAUUGACUGCGCUUGUGAUGAUGUGAAAAGCCUACCCCCGAGUUACUAUUUGCAAAACUUGUCAUCUCGCCAAACAUCUGAGAACACUCCUCGCCUUGCUCACCUCACCAAUAUCUCCAUAACACCGCCCUCUCUUUCGGGCCGUAUCCAAAAAAGCGCAAUCCCCGAAACACCCCACUUACACCUUCUGGACUGCCUUCAGCGCAAACAACCGCUGAAAGCUCGCAAGGUUUUCUCUGUUCUCACCAACUCCGUUGGAGUUUGA